AUGGGCUGCAUCGGUCUAAUCAAUUUAACAAGCACCAUUUUUUAUCAGCCGGUGCUCACCAAAACAGUAAAUAAACCCUUCAACUCAAGAGGACCAUCCAUGUCUACGAUUCGAGCCGAGUCAAUGGCUACUGAGAAAUUAGGGAUCACAAUCGAGAAGAAUCCACCCGAGUCCAAACUCACCCAACUCGGUGUUCGUAAUUGGCCCAGGUGGGGUUGUCCUCCAAGCAAGUUUCCAUGGACUUACGAUGCAAAGGAGAGUUGUUAUCUUCUUGAUGGGAAAGUGAAAGUGACUCCUGAUGGAUCCGAUGAAGGCGUAGAGAUCGAAGCAGGCGACUUUGUUGUCUUCCCUAAAGGAAUGAGUUGCACUUGGGAUGUAUCCGUUGCUGUUGAUAAACACUAUCAAUUCGAGUGA